CUGCUGCUGCUGCUGCUGAUGGGAGUGGGCGGGUCGGAACCGCUCCACCGGAGUCAGCUGCGCUCCUAAAGGCGCUUUGCGCUUCGCUAAUCCGCCGCGACGUCACGGUGCAGCGGGACAGCGGGGAGGAGGAGGGGGGGGGCGGAGCUCUCCGCUUUAAUCCGAGCAGGUUGUCCGGAGCUGGGGGAGCGAACCCAGCCGAACCGAGCCGAGACCCGAGGGGGGGUGGAACGAUGUGGACCGGAGCCGGGCCUCUCCCCUCCUCGCUGGCAUGAAGGUCGGUCUGUGAGCGAGUUUUGUUAUUUACUUUUUUAGAUGAUCUGAAAAGCUGUUCUAGUCCAAUCACGUCCCAGCAAUGAGUCAAAAGUAUCAGGAAGACGACAUGGAGGAAGCGGGCGAGGAGCAGAUGGCAGCCUCUGUGCCUCCGAGGACCGCGCAGUCCAACGGCACCACUGGAGACGCGUCCGUACGUCGGUCCUGGCGGCCGUGUCAGAUGCAAAACCCGGACGGGGAAAUGACUCCUCACCAUCACCACCGCCACCAUCACCACUCCGCACAUCAUAACCACCACCACCCUUCGGGCCGCGGACCUCCUCGUCACCGCCGCCGGCCUCCGUCGGGGCAAGGUCAGAGUCCGGGCCAGGCUUACAGUCCCGGUGGGCCGCCGGUGGUCGUCUCCUGCAGGGACGGGGUUGAGAGUCAAGACGCCGAGGCCCGCCCCGUGCAGCAGCACCGCCCUGCCGUCACCCGCUAUCGCCGCCAUGGUGACCCGAACCCCAGACUUAGAAACCACAGACAGCGGCAGCAGUUUAGAGAAAUCCCGGGGUCUCCGUCCGGUGCUGCAGAGAGACAAGGCCCGGCGGAGACGCGGGAGCAGGAAGCCUCCUUUGUCGAUCCUGCAGUGAGCCAAUCACAGGACAGAGGAUCUCCUCGUCAGACGCCCGUCGCUGUCAUCACUCCUACCCACCUCUCUGCGGAUCCCGCGGUGGAAGCCGUUACGCCCGAGCCCCAGCGUGCACCGGUUGAAGCUGAGGAGGACCACCAUGAGUAUAAAGCUGAGCUUGAGAAGGAGUCAAAGGAAGUCAAAGACGACAAAGAGCAAGAGGAGGUAGAGGACGAUGGAAACUUCCACCUGACACCCGGCAACCCAAGCUGUAGCCGCGACGAAAGAGUAGAAGAAGAAGCUGAGAGGGUGGAGGAGGACCGAGGAGACGUCAUGGAGAACGCCGAAGAGGAUCCUACAGCUCAGGGGAGUGAGAUCACAGAUCUGUGCUCGGACACGGAGAGCGCCGCCUCGCUAAGUAUGGACGGCCCCCUCCACAGCCCGCCUCCUUUACAGUCACCUACUCCUCCCUCCUCCCCCGAUGUCCCCCCCUUUCCCCAGCUGGACCACUUCAGCGAGGACAUCGGCUCCCUGACCGACAACAACCCCCUACCUGAGGAGGAGGAAUGCUCCGAGUCCUGCUCCCUGUCCCACUCCACGUCCUGCUCCGAGUCCCACCCUAAAACCUAUGCAGAACUUUACACCGAGUCGCACCAGAAGACGUACGCGGAGGCCGUCUUCGAGUCAUACUCGGAGCCCAAAUGUCACCCGGACUCCUUCCCCGAGCCCCUGAAGACCUCCUACCCUGAGCUGCCGCGGGAACCUUGUCUGCAAUCCGCCCGGAGAAAUGAGCCCAACAAAGCCCAGCAAGAGUCCCAGCAGGAGCCCGUUGUCGGACAUCGGCUGAAGAAUAUUCAAAAAGGGGCUCUGUCCUCCCCCACGGAGGGUUCCCACCACACCCCGCGCCAGAGCAGGGACCGUGGGUCACGUCCCUUCCCCAUAGACCGCUCCGUUGGCUGCCGGCUGCACCAUUACGACGGCCAGUCCGACAGCGAGGGCGACAGCGCCGACAAAAGCCCCCUUUCCAAGACGGGUAGGCUGGCACCUCGACAGCCACAAUCUAAGACCCAGUCGACUGGACCGGCUGGUUUGGCUGAAGCCCAGACCGAGCGCAAUGUGGCGGUUCUCCCCGGGGACGUCGCAAAGUGCUCAGGAGACGCCAUCAGCCUGGCAAUUAAAGACAUCAAAGAGGCUAUAGAGGGAGUGAAGACCAAGACGGUGCGCUCGCCCUACACCCCGGACCAGCCGGUGGAGCCGAUCUGGGUGAUGAGACAAGAGAUCAGCCCGACAGAGGAAGCGUACUCUCUGCAAAGCACGGCGGGCCAGAUGUCUCCUCAGUCCCCGUGUCAGUCGGCUUUGGAGUCUCCGUCCCGCUACGUCUCACUUCCCGGUCGGGACAACGUCAGUCCUCUGAGGGCUGAGACGUCCAGAAACCCCAACCCACAGCACGGUCAGCCCCAACACAACCAUCAGCACCAAGGCUACCAGUCACAGUCCAGGGCGCCGCAGACGUACUCGCCUGCGACGCCGACUCAGCAGCAGCAGAGUCCAGAGCAACCUUCGGCUCAAGCUCAGCCAUCCUCGCCCGCUCAGAAAGCAUCCAUCCAGGAGAUUCGCAGAGCUCUUCCUCCCUUUCCCACAUUUGUGGACGUCCCGGGACCGUGCGACCCUGAGGACCUCAUCGACGGCAUCAUCUUUGCAGCCACCUACCUGGGCUGCACCCACCUGCUGUCGGAGAGGACGCCGUCAAAGAGCGCCCGCAUGCAGCAGGCCCAGGAGGCCAUGAGCAGAGUCCGGGCUGCUCAGAAACAGGCGAAGAACAGGAAGAAGAGUCCAGACAGCGAGACUCCGUCCACAGCCGAGGUCGACCUUUUCAUGUCCACACAGAGGAUCAAAGUCCUCAAUGCAGACACGCAGGAGGCUUUGAUGGACCUGCCGUUGAGGACCAUAUCCUACAUAGCGGACAUCGGCAACAUGGUGGUUCUGAUGGCGAGGGGCAAGAUGGUGAGGUCCCGCAGCGCUCAGGAGAACCUGGACCAGGCGUCUGAGCAGACCGACAUGAACCAGGACGACAGGAGGAUGUACCGCAUGAUCUGCCACGUCUUCGAGUCCGAGGACGCCCAGCUCAUCGCCCAGUCCAUCGGCCAGUCCUUCAGCGUGGCCUACCAGGAGUUCCUGAGGGCCAACGGCAUCGACCCCGAGGACCUGAGCCAGAGGGAGUACAGCGACCUGCUCAACACUCAGGACAUGUACAACGACGACCUCAUCCACUUCUCCAAGUCCGAGAACUGCAGAGACGUUUACAUCGAAAAACAUAAAGGUGAGAUCCUGGGGGUGGUGAUCGUAGAGUCUGGAUGGGGGUCCAUCCUCCCCACCGUCAUCAUCGCCAGCCUGAUGCACGGCGGGCCGGCCGAGAAGUCCGGCCGGCUCAACAUCGGCGAUCAGAUCAUGACCAUCAACGGGACGAGCCUGGUGGGUUUACCUCUCAGCACCUGCCAGAGCAUCAUCAAGGGUCUGAAGUCUCAGUCGAGGAUCAAGAUGAACAUCGUCAGGUGUCCCCCAGUUACCAUGGUGCUCAUCCGAAGGCCGGACCUCCGAUAUCAGCUCGGCUUCAGCGUCCAGAACGGCAUCAUCUGCAGCCUGAUGAGAGGAGGCAUCGCCGAGCGAGGCGGCGUCCGAGUCGGUCACCGCAUCAUAGAGAUCAACGGCCAGAGCGUGGUGGCGACUCCUCACGAGAAGAUCGUACAGAUCCUGUCCAACGCCAUGGGAGAGAUCCACAUGAAGACGAUGCCAGCGGCGAUGUACCGCCUGCUGACGGCGCAGGAGCAGCCCGUCUACAUCUGAACGCCGCAUCACUCCAUUGGUCUUUUCUACAACCCCCCCCCCCCCCACCCACGCUCUCCCCCGUUACUUUGCGCCCCCCCCCCCUCGCGUCCUGACCCACGUCACUCGACUUGCCUUAAUCUGUGCAGCUGACUGUCGUGUAAAAACGUGCUCAUCUCCGGCGUGACAGCAGAAGGCAAAUCGUCUCACUUUAGGCCGAGUGUUAACGUGACAUUUUAGGUUCGACCAAAGAUCAUUUGUUUUGGUUUUUUGUUUUCUUUUUUGUUUUGUUUUUCUUGUGUGUAUAUUAAAGGUUGUAAGCAGAGACAAUAUUAGAUCUGGUUGAAUAGCUGUAAUAUCUGAAUGUAUCUCAAUUAUGAUGGACCUAUGGAACAAAGCGAUGACGCCUUUUGUGGUGAGGUGAAGAAACGAAAGAGAAAUGCAUGUACAAAUCUGCCUAAAUAAAUGUGUGAAAAUACAA